AUGAAAGACCUCCGCCAUGUACUGCAACCAAUGUCCUUCACCACCAUCUUCACUACGUCGUGCUACUCCGGUGUCUGGCUCGUCCGCCCAGACAUCAACCAACAGCAGCUGAACACCACAGCUAUAGCAGCAGCGGGCGAGGACAAUGAAUCAUCAUCGUGGGCCGUCAGCGGGAGUGCUGGGCGCGCCAGCCGCAGCUUAGCCGCCUCCGCCGUUCUACGCUGUCUGAUAGACGCCGAGGACGAAACCCAGGAGAGGACAGAGCAUCCCACUUACAUUGAAUUUUCGAAGUCAGUAUAUGACUGCGUGAAGGAGAUGGGAGCACUCGGUAAUUCCCAACAGAUCUACUUCUCUGCGGAAAACGACGAGUGGGAGAGAGUUACCAGCCUCGCCUCGGUCCCUCCCUCCCCUUCCUCGACCAGUGGGCCGGAGCCGGCGAAGACUGGCGGCCGGCGCCUCAAACGCCUAAAGUAUCUCGCAGAAGAGUACUUUGCCGCAAAGCCCAGUCUGAACGAAGCCGCCCCGAAUAUUAGCCUGCAUAACUAUCUCCGAUCAGUCCUCAAUGGUGCUACCUACCCGAAAGAAGAGGUAGAUAGCCUGACGGAAACCACGGCGUACAGGCUAGGGGCAAUGUACGAAGCGGACUAUUUAAGGGAGCAGAUAGGGCUAAAGUUCCCCUCAAUCUUCGGCAUAGAGACUCCCCUGGCCCAAAUUGAGAAUCAGUCCCGCAACCCGCGGUUGUACAAACAAACAUGGACAUUGCUUCUGGAGCGGGAGUUCUGCACAACUCCAAUUGGGAUCCGCCUGCAUUUCCCUAAACCCACCCAGUACCUUACAAUUGCGCUGGUGGAGUCCUCCACGUCCUGGGAGACGAUCUAG